CCCCCGCAGUUUUCUCAGUCCAGUAGAAGCCGCGCAGUGUGGUCGUCCGCUUGGAGUUGGAGGGCGGCGCCCGGGACCCUGGUGGGAGAGUGUUGGCGCCGCACUUGCGAGGAGGAGCGGGAGGCGGCGGUGGGAGGCGCCCCCGGCACGCAGAGCUCCAGUGCGAGGAGCGAGGGGAGCCCGGCACCCCACGCAGGCAAAGCGCCCCGAGGAUGGACAGCAGCGUGCGCCCCCUCGCCAUGGCGCGCCGCUGGAACCAGCGACCUCCGCCGCCUGUACUUCUGCUGCUGUUGCUACUGCUGCUGCCGCCGCCGCUGCCGCUACUGCUGGAAGCCGGGGACCCCCUCCCCACAAAGGGCCAGCUCAUGAACAGCUGUAUCCAGGCCAGGAAGAAGUGCCAGGCCGACUACUCUUGCAAUGCCACCUACCGAUACCUGAAGUCCUGCUCCUCCAAUAUAAGCACCUCAUCACCUGCAGAGGAGCCUUCAGUUUCUGAGGACUGCUUGGAGGCAGUACAACACCUCCAGAAUACCUCUCUGAUGAGCUGCACAUGCCACCGGCGCAUGAAGAACCAAACUGCCUGCCUGGACAUCUACUGGACCGUUCACCCUGCCCGCACCCUUGAUGACUAUGAGCUGAAUAUCUCCCCCUACGAAGAUACAGUGACCAGAAAACUCUGGAAAAUGAAUCCCAGGAAACUGAAGCAGCUCAAACCAGAGUGGGACCUCUGCCUCAAGUUCGCCAUGCUGUGCGCUCUUAAUGGCAAAUGUGGCCGACUUCGCAAGGCCUACGGGGAGGCCUGCUCGAGACCCCGCUGCCAGCGCCACACCUGCCGCCGGCAGCUCCGCACCUUCUUCGAGAAGGCAUCGGAGCCCCACGCGCAGGGCAUGCUGCUGUGCCCGUGCGCGCCGGCUGACCUGGGCUGCGGGCAGCGCCGGCGCAACACCAUCGCCCCCAGCUGUGCGCUGCCGGCUGAGACCCCCAACUGCCUGGAGCUGCGGCGCCUCUGCCUCUCCGACAUCCUGUGCAGAUCUCGCCUGGCAGAUUUUCAGACCUACUGCCGUCCCAUGAACAGCCAAGGGACCUGUGCUACAGAGAAGUCCAGAUGUCUGCAAGCAUACAUGGGGCUGAUUGGCACUGCUAUGACCCCCAACUUUGUCAGCAAUGUCAAUACCAGUGUUGCCUUAAGCUGCACCUGCAGAGGCAGUGGCAACCUGCAGGAGGAGUGUGAGCGGCUGGAAGAGUCUUUCUCCCACAACCUCUGCCUCACGGAGGCCAUUGAAGCUACGAUGCAUUUGCAUAGCCAACGCCUCUCCCAGGCCUCACCAGUGAUGGAACACCAGAAAACAAGCCCUGCUGUGAGGCCACAGCCCUGGGUACCCUCUCUUUUCUCCUGCACAUUUAUCUUGAUUCUGCUCCCAAGUUUCUGGUAGCUGGACUUCCCUGGAGGCCGUCUCCCCCUCUGCCACACCCAGGCCUGACCUGCCACCUGUAAGAGGUGAAGAAAGAACAGCAUCAGGAAGGAGGUGCAGUACACAACGUGACAACCCCAGACCCCCCACCCCCGCACGUCCAGUCUUCUCCAGAUGAGACCACAACAGGAGCUGACUGGCUGAGUUCUCAUUCCCUCCACUCCUGACUCAGGCUGUCCCUCCUUAGGAAUUGCUCACCAUGGUUUAGCCAUGCCUUCUGGUGGUGACCACCUCUACGAAGCUGUCUCUUGAACCCUUCCUCCUGCCCAGCAGGAUUAGCAGGCUCUAAGAAAUCAGUCAUUCUCUAUUGCAGUCUCCAGCUUGGCAGGGCUGGGUGUUCUGAGGCAGCCUAGAGGGACAUUCCCCAUUGUUAGGAAGGCUGGAGCAAGACUCCUGCCCCCCUGUCUCCUCUGAACAGGGCAUGGGAACCCGCUGCCUGCCCUGCCCUGCCCUGGGAUCCUACAGAGCAUGUGAACAUCAGGAGUCAGAGCAUUUGGGCCUUGCUUUCUUCCUGCCACUGUCCCAAAGUCCCCCCAGCCUCUUGGAUCAUGAUUAAACAUUUUGACUUAAAACUU